AUUUGGUGAUCUUCAUGCGCAAUGGGUUUGAAAACUCUCCAAACUUGGAUUACAUCAUUUACAAAACACAGAGUUUUGUUUCAAAUCCCAAAAAGUUAUCAACUCCUCUACAUAAGCCAUAAUUGAUGGUGCAAUGAUUGAAUCCAACGCGAGUCGGAGUUGCGCAUGGUGCGCUUUGGGAAGGGACGGGACCAACGAGCGCUUGGGUGAGACUCAUUCAGAGCAAAGUCUGAGCCCGACCGGACAUUUGGUGGUGGCGGUGUGCCUCGGAUUCAUCGGAACUUUCGGGUUUCUCAAUAACACGCUCGUUCUCGUCGUUUUUUGUCGUUACAAAGUGCUCCGCUCGCCCAUGAACUAUUUUCUGGUGAGCAUUUCGGUGAGUGAUUUGCUGGUGUGCGUCCUAGGUACUCCGUUCAGCUUUGCCGCCAGUACGCAGGGACGGUGGCUCAUCGGGGAAGCAGGAUGCGUGUGGUACGGCUUCGCCAAUUCAUUCCUGGGAGUUGUAUCUCUGAUUUCUCUGGCAGUGCUCUCUUACGAACGCUACUGCACUAUGAUGGGAACCACGCAGGCCGACUCAACCAAUUACAGAAAUGUGGCCAUGGGUAUCGCAUUUUCCUGGAUAUAUUCCAUGGUCUGGACUCUUCCUCCGCUGUUUGGAUGGAGUCAGUACGGUCCGGAGGGUCCCGGCACCACUUGCAGCGUCAAUUGGACCGCCAAGACAACGAACAACGUGUCUUACAUUGUCUGUCUGUUUUUCUUCUGCCUCAUUCUUCCUUUCAUCGUCAUUGUGUACAGCUACGGCCGACUCUUUCAGGCUAUCACACAGGUGAGCCGGAUCAAUACGGUGGUGAGUCGUAAAAGGGAGCAGCGAGUACUCUUCAUGGUGGUCACCAUGGUUGUGUGCUAUCUACUGUGCUGGAUGCCCUAUGGGGUUAUGGCCCUGAUGGCAACAUUUGGACGACCUGGCCUGAUCACACCUGCAGCCAGCAUUGUUCCUUCUCUCUUAGCCAAAACCAGCACCGUCAUAAACCCCAUCAUCUACAUCUUCAUGAACAAACAGUUUUGCAGAUGUUUCCACGCUCUUCUAAUGUGCACCAUCCCGGUGAGAGGUUCCAGCUUAAAAAAUUCCUCCAAAGUCACCAAAACUCUCAGGACAGUGCGACGUGCCAACGGCCAGAACGUAACGUUUGCCGUAGCCUCCGCUGCCCACCAUACUAACUGUGCUCCACACAGCGGAGGGCAGAAAAGUUCCUCUGAGGGUGGCAAGCCCUCUCCCGCUGCUGGCCAUGAAACCAACAGACCAGUUGUGUCUCUUGUGAUUUAUUACAAUGGUUAAACUUGUACAGCCAGUCAUGCAAGAAUUCAUCAAACUGUGGAAUCAGGAUAACAGGAUAAAACCUACACAAACCAAGGAGAGCAACGGAGAGCAUGUACAGUAGAAUUGAAGGAGGAGACAUGGGCGUGUCUGCAGAGAGACACACGCCCCUUUUACAGAUUGUGUCCAUGUCCUUGAUUUUUCUAUGAACAGAAAGAUAACAUUAUGGCUCAUGGAUAAUUAUGGCUCAAACUGUGAAGUUUAUUGUUGUUUGUUAAGUGUCCAGAAUGUGAUUUGCGUGGGGUCGGUCUCUCUGUGAAAACUAAACUUGAGUGUAUUUUAAUGCAGAAAGGUAUUGUGGAAAUGCAUUUUGAAUACGUGAGUUCACUUUAUUGCUGUGUAAUUAUGUAAUAGCUAUCUCUAUUUUAACACGUAUAAUUGCUAAGCGUUGAAUUUAAACAAUAAAGAAUAUUUCUCAGUAACCUUGCCAAUAAUAUCUUAAGGUUUGAAUUGCAAAUUUGUUUUGAAAUAUGUAGUUUAUUUUGUGUUUAAUUGGCUGUGGGCAUCCAUCCAAAUAAAUGUGACUCACAGAGAAUUAAACCUUUUAAAUGCCAUGAAAGCUUUAAUGAACUAUAGCACAAAGUCAAAACAAAAUAUUUCAACAGAAAGGUUAAAAUAUAAUUUAAACACUAAAGGCACAAAACCUUUAACGUACAGUUGGCCAGCACUGGGGUGGGUGGUACCCUAUGGGUACUGUUUUUUACCUCUAGUUAGUACCUUUACCUAACUCUUUUUGGAUUGUACAACGCUAUCUCACGAGAAUUUGAACAACGCUAUCUCACGAGAAUUUGUACAUAUUUUACGGGUUGGCUAAUUCGUAUCAAUUCAUACGACCACAUUCAUACGUUUUGGUACGAUUUGCCUUGACCCCUGUGAUGUUGGGGUUAGGGGUUCGGUUUCGUUGUCGUUGAUACGAAUUAGCCAACUCGUAAAAUAUGUACGAUUUCUCAUGAGAUUAGGCUGGAUUGUAUCAUAAUGACCUACUGUGUGCAGUUAAAUGUUUUGUUCCUCUAGGAACAAAAUUGCUUACCUUUAUUCAGACAGUGUAAGUCUGAUAGUUGGACUUUUUAAUACUUUUUUAGAUUUGUUUGGCAUCAAAGGAUUGAUCCUUUAUAAGCAGAUUUAUCAGUAAGCAGACUGCUGACUUUUACAAAGUUAAAUAAUUGCGCAACGUUCACAAACAGAAAAAAGAUGUAUUUAAAUUGACUGGAAGUCAUACUGUACAUAUUUGAGACAUACAGGAAAAUUACAUGUGUCAGGAGGUAGUAGAAGAAAGUGGAUUUUUUUAUGGUUUAUGUAAAGCUUUUUGGAUUUUGUGGAUGUGAAUGAAAAAUAUUUCAUGGUUUUUAACAUUUAACUUCAUUUUUAUUCAUUCAUUUUUGUAUCAUAAUGUUAAUUUAUAUUUGUCCUUCUUCAUACAGACAUGCACAUAACCCACUUUUUCAUUCAGUCCAUUAAGUUUUACAUAUUUUUGUGGCCCUAUAUUAUGGUUCGCUGUCAUAAGCUCCAUGCCAGCACUGCAUUACUGUAUGCAACAACGAUUAAUCUUCGAUCUGGUUUAAACAUUGGGGUGAGGGAGGGUGAAGUGUCAACUGUACAAACCCACCCCUCCACCCCUGUUAACAAUCAUGUUAUCACACAAUGUUAUUACCUUGAGGAACCCGUAUAAUGUCUGACAUGGUAGAACAUUCAUAAACCCAAUCAUUUUGUGAAAAUUAUCUGAUUUAUAACACAGAUUGUGGUGCAGGGUUAUAUUGAGAAAAGAAGGCGUGAAAUAACAUUAUUGUAUUUGUAUAAGGUUUAACUUUAAGGGAUUUUAUGUGACCUAUUUUUAGGAUUGUAAUAUAGAUUUGCUUUAAUUUAAAGCUGACAACUUGCAAAACUUUAUGUGACUUCUUUAAAUGAAAGAAUAAUGUGUGCUGGCAUUGCUGUAAAUAUUAUUCAGAAUAUGUAUGAAAAUGCAAGAGAUCAGCACACCGAAGACUGGAAUACAUAAAAAUGCAAAUGAACAGCAAAUUUCAUGCCAUUUUGGAAGUGAAAAACAAUAUUUGUUUAUGUCCAACAGUAGGACUUGAUCUCUUUUGUUCUGUGCAUUUUUCCUAGCUAUAGCUUGAUACAUUAUAAAUAUGAUUAAAUGAGACUUAUGAUUA